UGUUGUUGUGGAACCAUGGUGAUGAAGUCUUCUGUUGUGUGCCUUGUGGCACUGGCCUUGCUUGGCAGUCUCUGUGAUGCUCAGUGGGGACACCAGGAUCCCCACAAGCCUUCAAAUAGAUACCAAAAGCCAGCGACACCCCCUGUGAGACAGGAGCCCAGCAAACAGAUGCCUCAACAGCCCCAACAGUCAAAGCAGAAUUUUGAGACACCACUCACUUGGACAUAUCCUGAGGAUCCCAAACCUGAGGUUCAACCUGAGGUCCCCUUCGAGCUGAGACACCCUGUUGCUGCUGCAACUGUUGCUGUUGAGUGCAGAGAGAGGGAUGCUCAUGUGGAAGUCAAGAAGGACAUGUUUGGGAUUGGCCAGUUCAUCAAUCCUGCUGACCUUACCUUGGGAACCUGUGGUGCUAUGGCAGAGGACAAUGCUGCCCAAGUGUUGAUUUUUGAAUCUGAACUACAUGACUGUGGCAGCUCAUUAGCGACAACAGAGGAGUCCCUCAUCUACACUUUCGUUCUUAACUAUAACCCCCAACCUAUUGGAGGUGCUCCGGUGGUGAGGACCAGUAAAGCUGCUGUAAUUGUGGAGUGUCAUUACCCAAGGAAGCACAAUGUGAGCAGCCUUCCUCUGGACCCUAUGUGGAUCCCAUUUUCUGCAGUCAAGGUGGCAGAGGAGUUCUUAUACUUCACUCUAAAACUCAUGACUGUUGACUAUCAAUUCGAGAGGCCAAGCUACCAGUAUUUCCUGGGUGACAUGAUAAAUGUUGAAGCAACUGUCAAGCAGUACUUCCAUGUACCCCUGCGAGUUUACGUGGACAGCUGUGUAGCUACUCUUGUACCUGACAUGAACUCCAACCCCAGAUACGCCUUCAUUGACAACCAUGGGUGCUUCAUUGAUGCUAAGAUCACAGGCUCUGCUUCUAAGUUCAUGGCUCGCACUGCAGAGAACAAACUCCAGUUCCAGUUGGAGGCUUUCAGGUUCCAGGGGGCCGACAGUGGAUUGCUCUACAUUACCUGCCACUUGAAAGCAACAUCUUCUGCCUAUGCCAUUGAUAGUGAACAUAGAGCUUGCUCUGCUGAAGGAGGAUGGAAGGAGGCCAGUGGUGCCCAUGCAGCUUGUGGUUCCUGUGACUCCGGGUCAUAUGAACCAGCUGGCAACUCAAACACCGGCACAUCUUCUUGGGGCAGCGGGGCAUCAACUGGUAUGUCUGCUCCUGGCAGGAAGAUCCGUGAUGUCUCCACAACUGAAGUUUUCGAAUGGGAGGGUGAUGUCACUCUGGGUCCCAUUCCCAUUGAAGAGAAGACAGUCUCUUAACUCAAUUUCAUGCAACGGCUAACAAAAUAAAACUUUUGAACUGGUUCAUAC